AUGGGUAUGUUACUCAAGCAAACAAAAGUAGAAGCUGAGGAAGGAAAUCUCGACGCGAAACAGACCAUGAAAAAAAUUGGUUCUGCUUACUUACAUCACAGAGAAGUGAGUGCACAGGAAGCUGUAUACAGAAUCUGUAACUUAAAAAUGAAAGAAUGCUCUCGAAAAGUUGUUUUUGUGCCAGUAGGAGACAACCCGAUGCGCUUAAGUAAGCCAUUAUCUGUUCUGAAGAAGAAAUCAUCAAAGGCUACUGAAAUAAAUGAUGAGGAAGAUGACGAAAAUGAAGUUUGGAUGACCAACAUUAUAGAACGUUAUAUGAACCGACCACAAAAUCAAAUUUUCCAAGAGAUGUGCCUUGCAGAAUUUUGUUCUGAGUUCAGAGUUCUUGCUAAAUCUCAGGUUCCUAAGAAGGAAAAUCAGAAUGUGUUUGAAUUACAGAAUGGGAAAGGCUUUGUUCAACGAAGAACUAGAACGCAACCUGCUGUUGUUAGGUAUCCAAGAUUCAGUGUUGAAAAAAUGUCCGAGAAAUACAAUCAAUCUCUUUUGCAACUUUUUCUUCCUUAUUGGACAGAGGCACAGUUGAAACCACCAGGAUUUGAGUUAUAUGAAGAUUUUUAUGAGACAGGCUUUGUAAAAAUUUCUGGCAGAAGAACAAAGGAAUCGGUGAAGUCAAUUGUGGAUUUCAAUCAUUCACGUUAUGCAAAAAAUGAAGAUGUGAUUGACAAUGCUCAGGAGGCAUAUGAGAUGAAUGGUGAACCUGAGGAUGCGUGGUCAAGAAUAUGUCCAGAAACAGAGGUUCUGAGAAGGGAAGGUAUAGCCCAGAGAAAGGAAAGUUCAGUGCCACAGGAGGAAAAUGUGGAUAUUAUACUGGAGUUCGAAAGCGAGACACAUAAUGCAGAUGUCAUGUAUCAUAUUCAGCAAAAUGCAAUUACAAGAGAGGAAAUGUUACCUGUUCUUCAAAGAUUGAAUGAAACACAGAGUGAAAUAUUUUACAUGGUGCGUGAGUGGUGUCUUGCAAAGAUUGGAGGAGAGAAAUGCGAACCCUUUCAUUUAUUUGUUACUGGAGGUGCAGGAACUGGAAAAAGUCAUCUGAUAAAAGCCAUCCAUUAUGAAGCAUCACGUUUGCUUUCACAGAUAAUGUCUGAACCAGAUAGACUAUCAGUUCUUCUCGCAGCAUUUACUGGAACUGCGGCUUUCAACAUUGGUGGAAAUACACUUCAUCACUUGUUUUCAUUAACAAAGUAUCUUCCCCUCCCGUAUGAACCUCUUGGAGAACAAAGUCUCAGUGAAUUGAGAGUAAAGAUUGGGGAUCUGCAAAUUCUUAUCAUUGAUGAGAUAUCAAUGGUUUACAAAAGGCUACUGUACUAUGUACACGAAAGACUGGUGCAAAUUAAGAAAUGCAAAGAACCGUUUGGAGGGGUUUGUGUUAUUGCUGUAGGGGACUUUUACCAGCUUCCACCUGUUAAGCAGCGAAAAGAUGAAAGACUUUACAAAGAAAAUAUGAGUUAUCCUAUGGACUACUGGCUUGAUUUGUUUAAGGUCAUUGAAUUAAAAGAGAUAAUGAGACAAAGAGAUGAUCUGUGCUUUGCUGAAGUUCUGAAUUCCCUUCGUGUCAGAGAGAGAAAUGAACCAUUAACAGAGGAGCAACGUUCUCUGCUAGAUGAUUGUAUCAGGGAAGGGCCAGAAGAUGUUCUCCAUGUGUUCUCUACGAAUGAAGAGGUGAAUACAUUUAAUUUGUCAAUGCUUAAGAAAUCUUGUGAAGAUUUACUGGAAAUUGAUGCUGAAGACUACAAGAAAGACAAAACAACCGGGGAACUCAUGCGAAGAACCAAACCUUUGACAAGAUCGAAAAGCGAUGGACUUCCAAGCUCGUUGAUUUUGUCUGUCAAUGCCAGGGUAAUGCUUACAAGAAAUGGUAAUGUUGAGGAUGGUCUCGUGAAUGGAAUUAUGGGACAUAUCUGUCAGUUUGCUUCUGUAGAAAACAGCGAUAGAAGUGUCAGAGCUGUAGGAGUUGUGUUUGAUAAUAAGGAAGUUGGAAAGAAGUCCGGACAAAACACAAACGAUAAGAACAUAGUGUUCAUAGAAAGAGUGCAAGAAGAGAUGAAAGACAAGGUAUCCACGGUGGUUAGACACCAAUUUCCAAUCAGGUUGUCUUGGGCAUGUACAGCUCAUAAGGUGCAAGGGAUGACGACAAAUAACGUUGUUGUAAAUUUAGACAAAGUAUUUGCCCCAGGCCAGGCUUAUGUUGCAUUAUCAAGGGUUACUUCAAAAAGUGGUCUCUUUAUUGAUACAGAAGACCCUGUUCAAUUGCAAAAAACUGUUUAUGCUGACCCAGAGGUAAAGGCAGCAUUGAACGUAAUGCUGAAAUAUACUUUUGUCGACUAUUCACGGACUUUACCUGCCAAUGGAAUGAAAAUAGUUCUGCAUAAUAUACAGAGCUUGAACAAUCAUUUUGCAGAUCUGAAAAAUGAUACAAGGAUCAAACAAGCAAGUAUUAUUUGUUUGACAGAGACAUGGUUAAGAUCGGGAGAAGAAAUCGAGAAGUAUGUACUUCAAGGGUUUCAGUUUCAUCAUCUUCCUAGAAAGGAAGCUUAUGACGAGAGCACAGUUUCAAACCAGAGUUUACGCAAUUUGUCAAGAGGUGGAGGAGUUGGAUUGUACUUGAAAGAUAAUGAAGGUUAUAAUGAUGUUCUGCAAUUGCCCAGGAUGAAUAUUGAAGGAAUAGCAGUGAAAAUACUGAAGGAGAAUAUUUUGUUGUUGGUUGUAUAUCGACCGUGUACAGCAAAAGUGACAUCGUUCCUUCACAAUCUUCAGAAUGUUCUUGACAAGUUGAAAACAAAUGAACAAGACAGCAUCGUCAUAGGAGAUUUCAAUGAAGAUGCCAACGCUAAUGGUCCAAUUCAAAGAUUUAUGAGAGAUCGAAACUUCAGACUGCUUGUGUCUUUUAGUACAACUGAAGGGGGAACAAUUUUAGAUCAUGUUUAUGUAUCUAGUUCGAUACAGAUUGACGUUCAGAAAGUUCCAACAUAUUACAGUUAUCACGAUGCUCUAUUACUGAAAUUCCUAGAUUUUUAA